AUGGCCUCAAAUCGUCGCGAGCUGCCGCAUCACAUCAGGCCCUUAGCUGACCGUCGCACUCUCCCGCAGACUCACGAUGUCCAUUCCCCGAACGACAUGGUCAUGGACACGGACGAUUACAUCAGCGUCGCCAACGAGCCCGAGAACGUCGCCAUCAUCAACCCCGACAACCUCGAGCAUGGCGAAGCCGAUCAGCUGCAAGAUCUCCCCAUGGCCAACGACCUUUUAGGCGAUGCCAUUCUUUCCAAGCUCCCCACGCUAACCGUCAUCAUGGCUUUAGACGAGGCGAUGAAGGAGCUCUGCCUCCCCCCGUUGAUCGAUGAACCCAAGAUCCUCGGAGACUACAACCAUACCUGGACCGUCGAGAACUGGCGCACUCUGAGCAAGAAGGAGCAUGGGCCUGUUUUCCAGGCUGGCGGCUUCCCAUGGCGCAUUUUGCUCUUCCCACAUGGAAACAAUAUAGAUCAGUGCUCCAUCUACCUUGAGCAUGGCUUCGAAGCCGAUAGCGUCCCCGAGAAUUGGAGCUGCUGUGUGCAGUUCGCACUUGUGCUAUGGAACCCGAACGACCCAAGCCUAUACGUCCACCAUGCUGCCCACCACCGGUUCACCAAGGAUGAGGGCGACUGGGGCUUCACCCGCUUCGUCGAGCAUCGGCGUAUGUUUAAUGUACCAUGGGAGGGUGGUAGUCGACCGCUCUGCGAAAACGACACGGCCAACAUCACCGCCUACCUUCGCCUAGUCGACGAUGAGACGGGUGUGCUGUGGCACAACUUUAUCAACUAUGACUCGAAGAAGGAGACGGGCUACGUUGGACUCAAGAACCAGGGCGCCACCUGCUACCUCAACUCGUUAUUGCAGUCUCUGUACUUUACAAACAAGUUUCGAAAGGCUAUCUACGGAAUCCCCACCGAGAAUGACCCGAGCAUGCACAACAGCACUUAUACCCUACAACGACUAUUUUACCAACUACAGACCUCUGACCAGGCGGUGGGAACCAACGAGCUCACAAAAUCAUUCGGCUGGGACACCCGACACAUCUUCGAGCAACAGGAUGUCCAAGAAUUCUCUCGCAAACUCAUGGAGAGAAUGGAGGAGAAGAUGAAGGGAACCGAAGCUGAGAAUGUCUUGCCUGGGAUGUUCAGCGGCAAGAUCAAGACGUACAUUUCGUGCAUCAACGUCGACUACGAAUCCAGCCGUAUCGAGGACUUCUGGGACAUUCAGCUGAACGUCAGCGGCAACAAGAACCUUCUCGAGAGCUUCCAGGACUAUAUUCAAGUGGAGAAAAUGGAUGGCGAGAACCAGUACUUUGCCGGUGACGAGCACAAGCUUCAGGAUGCCAACAAGGGUGUCAUUUUCACUAGCUUCCCCGAUGUCCUGCACCUGCAACUGAAGCGGUUUGAAUAUGACAUUCAGCGCGACAUGAUGAUGAAGAUCAACGACCGAUACGAAUUCCCUGAAACGUUCGACGCCGCGCCGUAUUUGUCCGAGGAUGCUGACAAGUCUGUCCCGUGGACGUAUCAGCUUCACAGUGUCCUGGUUCACAGUGGUGACCUUAACGCGGGCCACUACUAUGCCUUCCUGAAGCCCGCGCAGGAUGGCUGGUUUUACAAGUACGAUGACGACAAGGUGACCAAGGCCACGCUGCGGGAGGUGAUGGAGGAGAACUUUGGCGGCGAGUAUCGAACGGCCAACGGCUAUCCACGCGCCCCCCUGCAGAAGAAGGUCCCGAUCAUGCGCCAAAACAGCGCGUACAUGUUGGUGUACAUCCGCCAGUCGCGCAUAGACGAUAUCCUCUGUCCAGUCACCAAGGACGACAUCCCGCUUCACCUCAAACAAAAAUUUGAGGAGGAAACGGCCCAACGUGAGGCCAGAAAGAAGGAGCAAAGAGAGGCGCAUCUGUACAUAUGGGCCAAGGUGAUCACCGACAAGUCUUUCCAACAAUUUAGCGGAACCGAUCUAUGCCAAUUCGAUGCGAAUCCCGACGUGGACCCAGCUGCACCAAGCUACUACCGGGUUCUCAAAGCAAUGACCAUGGAGGAAUUCGUUGGACAAGUUGCAGCAGACAUGGGCGAAGAUCCACGCAGGGUGCGGUUGUGGCUCAUGGUGAAUCGGCAAAACAAGACAAUCCGCCCCGACCAGCCGAUCAUGGACCUACGACCUACGGUAGACGAAACCUGCUCUCGAUCAGCCGCUCACCGGGAUUCAAGUCUCCGUGUGUGGGCUGAAGUUGCUGAGGAAGUCAAUGCGGAUGGUGAGGCAAUCUGGCCUUCGUACCAGAGCCAGCCAAACGGCGUGAUUAUGAAGAACGAGGUCAUCUUGCUUCUCUUGAAGCACUUCGAUAUCGAGACUCAAUCUCUAAGGGGUGUUGGCCACGUUUACAUCUCCAAGGAGAAGAAGGUAGAGGAGCUUGUCCCCCUGAUCAUGAAGAAGAUGGGUUGGGGAGACAAGCUACCAGCCGACGAGAAACUUUCCCUCUGGGAGGAAAUUAAACCGACCAUGAUCGAGCCUUUGAAGCCUAAGCAGUCUUUGAAGGUUGCAGAACUGCAGGACGGAGACAUCAUUUGCUUCCAGCGAAGCACAGAGCGCAAGGCCAGUCUAGAAAAGCGCUCUGGCGACAAGCCUAUGCAAGAAACGGUCAACACAUCAGAGCACUUUGAGGAUGCGCGCGAGUAUUACGAUUUCCUUGAGCAUAAGCGAACUGUCAAGUUCCAUCCUCACCCUACCCGGUGUGACCAGGCUCAAUACCCUCCUUUCGAGCUGGUGCUCAACUCUAAGAUUACAUACGACACGCUCUCGGAACGGGUUGGAGCUCAUCUGGCUGUGCAACCUACUCACAUUCGAUUCUGGACUGUGAACGCAUCAACCCAGAAUCCCAAGACACCCGUGAGACGAGGAGCAAACCCAACACUGCGACAGAUUCUAAACCCGAUGGGCUCCACGGCACUCAACUCAACCCAACGGAACGACGCAUUCUACUUUGAAGUGCUUGAGAUGAGUCUCGCUGAGCUGGACACCAAGAAAAGCAUCAAGGUGAUCUGGCUGAGCGAGGGCAUCACCAAGGAGGAUCAAUACGAUCUCCUUGUCCCCAAGACGGGUACAGUCGACGACGUGGUCGAGGCAUUGAUCAAGAAGGCGCAGCUUCCGAGCGAGGCUGAAGCUGGUAGAAUACGGGUGUACGAGACCAGCUCGAACCGAUUUUACCGAGAGCCGCUCCGCGAGCAUCCUGUCAUGAACCUUAACGAGUAUGCACAGAUCUAUGCUGAACGUGUUCCUCAAGAGGAGGCGAACGCCGAUGAGAACCACUUCAUCCAGGUUUUCCACUUCCAGAACGACGUCAGCCGAGUUCAUGGUGUGCCUUUCAAGUUCUUGGUCAUUGAGGACGAGAAGUUCGCCGACACAAAGAAGCGGUUGGAGAAGCGAACUGGAAUCAAGGGCAAGAGCUUUGAGAAGAUCAAGAUCGCGGUGGUGCGACGAUCUAACUACUCGAAACCACAAUAUCUCAGCGAUGACGACGUAUUAUCAUCCUUUAUCCAAGGGGAGGAUGACUACCUCGGGUUCGACCAUGUAGACAGGACAAGGACGCUGAGGAACGGCGUUGGGGACCUGUUUCUUCGAUAA